ACUAUAUAGUUACCUAAUUGAAUGUAAUUUCUAAUUUAUUAAUGAAGCAAAUCAUUUUUAGAAUUCUGUCGAAUGUCGUUACUUGUUAUAUUAUUAUAGUUGUUGUUACUUUUUAGAUUCAAUUCUCAUAAUAUGUUAAUUUGUUUUUAUUUAGGUUUUUUUUUUUUUUUAAACUAAAUAUAAUUAUGUGUCUUAAGAUUUUUUGAAGUACCUGCUUAGGUACUUUAUUAGACGGUUAGAUGUUUAGAUUGCGUAAUAUGUUACUCUUUAAUGUUUGUUCAAAGUGUGAAACACCAAAAAGCUUAGUAAAAUUAAAUUUGGUUUCAAACAAAAAUACAUUUUCUGUGGAAAGCAACGCACACAAAUCUGAAAAACCAAUUUGCAACUACCACCACGAUGCAUUGGAUUCAUUUACUAAUAGUCUCGUUAUAGAAAAUAUGAUGAAAUGGAAAUCAGACAAUUUUGUCACUACCAACUAUAAACUGUCAAGAGUCAAAUCAGAUUCUGUAUUUGAACUCUGCGAUGAUCCAGACCAUCUGACCACAUACCUACAGCAAUGCCUUGAUGGGUCUUCUCAAGUCAGUGAAAGUGCAUUAAAUCAGUUCAGAUUAACAAUGACAAAACAUGGCAAAAUUAAUGGAUUAGUAUUAAUUGAAAGACUCAAUGAAAAGUAUGGUAAUUGUAUUAAGAAAACUGAAUUACAAAUGAAUUUUGCAGAAGCAUAUUGGGCGAAUGGUAAUUUGCAUAGUAUGUUUAAAAUUUUUGAGACAUUUUACCCUAUAGAGUCCAUAAAGGUAAAUUAUGUAUUAGACCCUAUCAUUCAUACUAUAGUAAAAUCACAUGGUGUCGCAUCAGUAGUUAUGGUUUCAAAUUUUGUCAACUCAAUAGUUGCCAGAUAUGGGGAUUAUCAUCCAAUGUGCAUCCUAUGGAAGUAUUUAUUUUUAAGUGAAUUAUUUAAUGACAACCUAGAAGCGGAAAAAUUAUUAAGUCAAAAUACUAAUCUAAUAGAAAAUAUACAAUACCUUACACCAGCCCUUACAAGAAAAAUGUUAAAAACGCAUAAGGUUGAAUGUGUUCGAAGGAUAAUGAUAAUUUUAUUAAAACAUAAACGAAUGGAACCUUAUCAAUGGAUAUUAAAGUCCCUGUUUGAGUAUUAUUACACAUUGGGAAAUGUUCGCCAAUGUAAAGAAAUUAUGAAACACUCUAUUGAACUCAAUGUACCAUUACCACAAGCACAGCAAUCACGUUUAAUUCACAUGGUGCUCAACAAUAAACAUCAACAAAAAAUUAACAAGGAAGUGACUGCAAUUAUAUUUAAACUUAUGUUUUAAAUUAG